UACCCUUUUUAUGACAUUUUUAUUUGGCCUUCCCCUUACCGUGUCUUCUCACAUAGGAGAAAAACUAGUGAUCAUCUAAACCUUUGGCAAGUGACUCCAAUUUGCGGAUCAUUCCAACUCUCAAGCAAACAUCAAAAGCUCCACUUUUUCUUGAAAAAAAAAAAGCUAGAUUCAUUCGAUCAAAGAAAUAGAGCCAGUUUUCUCUUGUAUCGCCUUCUCUAAAGCACAAAAGAAUAAGCAUACACAUCCUUCUUCUCUUUAUGUAAAUCAGAAAAGACAAGCCUUUUGUUCAAAGAGUCAAUGGAAAUGGAAUUCUACGCAUACCCAUCUCGUGUUUUCCCUCUUUCCUCUUCUAUUUGUUCGUUUUGCAUCAGGGAUUUCGUUGAUAGGGCUAAAGAUUUCUUCAGCGUUGCGGUAUCUGCAAUCAUUGGCAGUGUUUUAUCUGCAAUCUUCACCUUUUUCUUUGCAUUAGUGGGCACCUUAUUAGGAGCAUUGACCGGAGCUUUGAUCGGCCAAGAGACUGAGAGUGGAUUUGUCAGAGGUGCUGCAGUUGGUGCCAUCUCUGGCGCUGUUUUCUCUCUUGAAGUCUUUGAGUCAUCUCUGUUACUAUGGCAGACGGAUGAAUCUGGAAUAACAUGCCUUGUUUACUUGAUUGAUGUACUCACAAGCCUGUUAAGUGGGCGAUUGGUUCGUGAGCGGAUUGGUCCAGCAAUGCUAAGUGCAGUCCAGAGUCAGAUGGGAGCUGUUGAACUUGCAUAUGAUGAGGUCCCUAACAUUUUUGAUACGGGUGCGGCUAAAGGCUUGCAUGGAGAUUCUGUUGAAAAGAUCCCCAAGAUUGUAAUUAAAAAUGGUAACAACUUGGAUGAUUCUGGAGAGAGAGUUUCUUGUUCCGUCUGCCUUCAGGACUUUCAACUGGGAGAAACUGUUAGAUGUUUGCCACAAUGUCAUCACAUGUUUCACUUACCAUGCAUCGACACAUGGCUGUUAAGACAUGGCUCUUGUCCAAUGUGCAGAAGGGAUCUGUAGUUGCUCCAUAAAAUUGUGACAAGGUUAUAUAAUUUCUUCAUACUUGCUUGUAUGGUUUCCUUAGUUGUCUUUCUUCACUUGUCCCAAUUUUCAAGGAAACCUGUGUAUUUAGUGUCGAGUAUGUGCUUUUUCGAGUUCAGUUGUUGUAGACUACUAGUUACCUGUAAAUUGAGCUAUUAUAGUGUUCACUACUUCCACUUAGUGGUACUCUGUAUCAAUGUGUCCCAUGUUUGCAUGCAU